AUGGGUAAGACGGGUAAGACGGGUAUGUUGAAGUGGAGGCAUUUAGGUUGGCUGCGUACGAGGGUAUUCCUUGGUCAUCAACAAGUGUAUGACUUUGCAAAAAAUUUGCUUUACCCAGAAGUACCUGCAUAUUACGUUUGGGACGAAAAAAAGUUCCAAAGAAGGAAGAGAGGAGUAAACGUUGUUGGCUGGCCAGAUAUCAAAAGAGAGCACGCUCUGGGUAGAGUUUAUACGGUUCAUCCGAACAAUACAGAAUGUUAUCACCUUCGUAUGCUUCUCCAUGAAAUCCGGGGCCCGAUUUCGUUUGAAGCGUUGAAAACUGUAAAUGGUCAAGUACAUCCCACUUUUAAAUCCACGUGUAAGGCUCUAGGGUUACUUGAAGAUGAUGAACAUUUGUACGCAGCACUAGAAGAGGCAGCACUUUGCCAAUCUCCGCAUAUGAUACGGGAUCUAUUUACGAUUAUAUAUUAG